AAGCAAUUCAAUAACAUUUUUGAACUAACCCUUUGCAUCAGAAUUCUCUAGAAACAUUUAAUCGCCGUGCGUUCUCAGUUCCAUUUACAUUGGAAACUGAUAAAAAUGUCUAGAAGUGUAAAUAGUGAAAGUGUUGUGGAUUCGAUCAGCGAAUUUUUGAAAGAUCUUCCGUGUCACGACGAACAGAAUUUUGCGUUGUUUAAUACAGAAAACGGAAUUCGCACAUCAUUACGUCGUCCUUCUGUCUAUUUACCCACAAUAGACAUCCCUUCCGAUCAAAUUAUAGUGACAGAAAAGAAAAACAUUUUACUGAGAUACUUGCAUCAACAAUGGGACAAAAAGAAUCCGGUGAAAAAACGAGAACAUCCACCUACGACUGAUGGCAGUGACGGCCCGCUACGAAAACGAUCUCGAUUAGAAGCUGUAACGAACUAAG